CGUUGAUUCAGUCGGUUUCUAAUCAUUUCAUCAUUGCAGUUGGCCGCUAUGUCUGACGAAGACGUUUAUACGCAUUCAUAUUCAACCUGUCGCCCUGUUGCAAAAGUGGUGGUUCUGCUCAUCGUGCCAAUAGCUGUGGCUGUUCUUUUUCUGUUCGCAUAUGUAGCGCUUUCAGAACAUCACAAAGAAGCAUUUCUGAAAAUACAGUCCAUUAUCAAGAUUACUGAUGAGAACUACAAAAUCGAGAUGCUUGACAGUGUUUUUUGGAUUCUCGAUGGAACAGUAGUUUGCAUUUGCCUUUUCUUGAUCCUUGAAGACGCCUUCCUCUUGCAAGAGCUGAAUUCUGAACUAAACUACUUAAACUGCGAAGCUUAUCUUUCUUUGAGGGAAGCUCUGGAAGUUGACAAUCGCUAUAUAAAAGACGCAAUAAUUCUGGAAGCUGCAGAGAAUCAAGAGCAGGCUAAAACCCCAGCAAUCCAGUGUAAAGAAGAAUCUGUAACUCCUACAGCUCCCACUCCCAACCAAAAAGAGAACAUUGCUAAGAAAAAACUGUCAGAAAUUUUAGAGAAAGAGAAGGAUAAGAAGCACUAAGUGCUGUGUGCUUCAGUAUCACUCAGAUUGUUUUUGAUUUCGCAAAACUACCUUUAUAAAUGUACGAACUGUGUUGGCUGUAUGAAAAUAUGGUUCUGCUUAGAAAAGCGAAAGCGAUUUUUUAACCUUUAUCAACCAUUGG